AUGUCCGCCUCCGCCCUGCUGAAAGCCCGUGUUCGGCGACCCUCAUACCUCAAAAAGUUGGCCAAAGCUGAGGACCUCAUCGACCUCUUCCCCAAUGGCACCUAUAUCGGCUGGUCCGGGUUCACGGGGGUUGGGUAUCCUAAGAUGGUCCCCACUGCUCUGGCUGAUCACGUCGAGAAAAACAACCUCCAGGGCAAACUGAAGUACUCACUCUUCGUGGGUGCUUCCUCCGGGGCCGAAACUGAGAACCGUUGGGCCCGAUUGAACAUGAUUGAACGUCGAAGCCCUCAUCAGGUCGGGAAGGAGAUCGCCAAGGGUAUCAAUAACGGGCAGAUCAAGUUCUUUGAUAAGCAUCUGAGCAUGUUUCCGGCCGAUCUUACCUACGGCUGGUAUACGAUGAACAAGCCCAACAACAAACUGGAUGUUGCGGUUAUCGAGGCCUCCGCCAUCACUGAAGACGGAGGAAUCAUUCCUGGAGCUUCGGUUGGCGCAUCCCCCGAAUUAAUACAGAUGGCAGAUAAAGUCAUCAUUGAAGUCAACACAGCCAGUCCGUCCUUUGAAGGGUUACACGAUAUCACCAUGUCUGACCUUCCUCCCCACCGGAAGCCUUAUCUGAUCAUGCGGCCUGAAGAUCGCAUUGGAACUCCACACAUCCCGAUCGACCCGGAGAAGGUGGUCGCCAUUGUCGAAUCCGACUACCCCGAUCAGACACUGCCCAAUGCCCCUGAGGAUGCCAACUCGCAAGCCAUUGCGUCGAAUCUGAUCGAAUUCCUGAAGCAUGAAGUGAACAUGGGCCGUCUCCCACCAAACCUUCUGCCAAUCCAGUCUGGCAUUGGCAACAUUGCCAACGCGGUCAUUGGCGGUCUCAGCAAGGGCGGCGCCGACUUCACCAACCUGAAGGUGUGGACCGAAGUGCUCCAGGAUUCUUUCCUGGAUCUCUUCGACAGUGGCAACUUGGACUUUGCUACCGCUACCUCGAUCCGUUUCUCCCCCGACGGCUUCAAGCGCUUCUAUGACAACUGGGAGCGCUACGCUGGAAAGCUGCUGCUCCGGUCCCAGCAGGUAUCCAACUCUCCGGAGAUCAUUCGCCGACUGGGCUGCAUUGGCAUGAACACCCCUGUGGAGGUGGAUAUCUAUGCCCACGCUAACAGCACCUGCGUCAUGGGAUCCCGGAUGCUCAACGGAUUGGGCGGAUCCGCCGACUUCCUCCGCAACUCCAAGUACAGUAUCAUGCACACUCCUAGUGCCCGUCCCACCAAGACAGAUCCCACUGGUAUCACCUGCAUUGUUCCUUUCUGCACCCACAUUGACCAAACUGAGCACGAUUUGGAUGUGGUCGUGACUGAACAGGGUCUUGCCGAUGUCCGUGGUUUGUCUCCUCGCGAACGUGCUCGCGUCAUCAUUGACAAGUGCUCUCACCCCGACUACAAGCCAAUCCUCCAGGACUACUUUGACCGUGCUGAGUACGAGUGUCUGAAGAAGGGCAUGGGUCACGAGCCCCACCUGCUCUUCCAGGCUUUCAAGAUGCACCAGAACCUGGCCGAAAACGGAACCAUGAAGAUCAACGGCUGGGAUUAG